AUGAAUACAACGACGGCCUAUUUCAACGGUUGCAUACCCGUAGUGUUCAACAUCUCUUCUUAUGGAUUUUGGGAAAACCUAAACUCGCCAGAUGUGAUUUUCGAGUAUUCAUUGCCUCUCAUGGAGCUUCAGAUAUUACUCAUCUUCAUAUUCAUCAUCAUGAUUCACAUCUUUCUUAGAUGCAUCGGGACUUCCCCGAUUCCUUCGUAUAUGCUGGCUGGUAUGAUUCUAGGGCCUCAAUUGUUCAAUCUUAGGGAGAUAUCAUCAGGGAAAUUAUCUUGGGAUCCUGUAUUGGAUGGAAACGCGCCGUUAAGAGGCCUUUCGGUGUGUGGAAACAUUAUGCUUGCGUUUUUGAUGACAGUUAAAAUCAGUCGUCGGUUGGCAUUUCACAAUGGAUCGUUACCUAUUGUGAUCGGGAUCUUGACCUUCAUCGUCCCAUUCUUUGGUGGCUUGUGUGUGCGGAAUCUCUACAUGGGGAGUAUAGACCCUUACUACUUACCGCAUAAGAAAGUAAUCGCCGAGCGCACUGUGAUCAUCUCAAGCCAAUCCUCGAUUCUCUUGCCCACCAUAACCUAUUUCCUGUCAGAACUCAAGAUCCUUAACUCCGAGCUAGGUCGCCUUGUGUUGUCUGCAUCCCUGAUCAAUGACAUCUUGGGGUGUUUCGUCAGCAUAGUAGCCUAUCUUGGAGGAACGUACAAGAACGUCUCUCCAAUGACAGCCUACCGUGACUUAAUAGCGGUGAUAGUUUUGAUUCUUGUAGUCUUUUUCAUUCUUAGACCGGUUGUAGAAUGGAUAGUAGAAAGCACACCAGAAGGUAAACCCGUGGCAGAUGUGUAUGUACAUAUUACUGUUUUGAGCGUAAUUGGUUCAGCAGCAUACUCUUCAUUUUUCAAUAUGAAGUACCUUUUGGGACCAUUCUUUAUCGGUAUUAUCAUACCUGAAGGUCCACCAAUAGGAUCCGCUUUGGAAGCAAAGUAUGAGGCUCUUACAAUGAACGUUCUUAUACCGAUCUCAAUCGCAUUCAGCACAAUGAGAUGCGACGUUAUGAAGAUCAUCUACCAGUUUGAUGACAUCAUAUACAACAUUUUCUUAAUGGUUUUUACUGGCGUUUUGAAAAUGGCGGCUUCCAUGGUACCUUGCUUGUAUUGCAAGGUACCAUUCAAGGAGGCCAUAGCUGCUUCCCUCCUGUUAUGUACCAAAAGCUUCUCUGAAAUCUUUCUUUACGAAUCAACACUCGACGAUUCGUAUAUAUCACAAGCAACAUAUACGUUCUUGAUCAUUUGUGCGCUUAUAAACUCCGGAAUUAUCCCCACGGCCUUGGAAGGACUGUAUGAUCCGAAGCAGAAGUACAUUGGUUACCAAAAGAGGAGCGUUAUGAAUCUAAAACCAAACUCAGAUCUUAAGAUUCUGACUUGUGUACACAAACCUGAGAACAUCUCUAUGGCCAUUUCAUUUCUCCAAUUAUUCCCCUCCACCAUCAUGGUCACAGUUCUCCACCUCGUGAAGCUAGUAGGCAAAAUCGUCCCAGUCCUAAUCUCGCAUAACAAGAAAACAAAACAGCUAGUGAAUAACUCAUACAUCCUAACCGCAAACCUUGCCUUCAGCCAGUUGGAGUCAGUGACCAUGGCCAUGUUCACUGCCCUCACGCACGAGAACCUUAUGCACGAUGAAAUCUGCAAGCUCGCGUUGGAACAAGCCACGUCCAUGAUUAUCAUCCCGUCGGGGAGGAAAUGGGCUAUAGAUGGGACGUUUGAGUCAGAGGACGAAGCCAUGAGACGUUUAAAUGAGUCGUUACUCAAGAACGCUCCUUGUUCUAUCGGAAUACUCAUGGACCGUGGACAGUUCUCAUGCAAAGGCACGAAAAGGUACCACAUCAAUGUUGGUUUGAUCUUCAUUGGAGGCAAAGACGACCGCGAGGCACUAUCACUAGUAAAAAAGAUGAAGCAUAACCCUAGAGUCAAAGUCACUGUGAUCCGACUCAUCUCUAACCAAGAAAUAGAAACGACUAAUUGGGAUUACAUUCUUGACCACGAAGUCUUAGAGGAACUUAUAAAUACAGAAGCUAGUAACUGUAUUGCAUAUACGGAGAGGAUUGUGACCGGUGGUCCUGAAGUAGCCACCAUGGUUAGGUUACUCUCCGAGGAGUAUGAUCUUAUGGUGCUUGGAAGAGAUCACGGCACGGCUACACCGGACUUUGAUGGAGUCAAGGAGUGGAUUGAACUCCCGGAGUUAGGUGUUAUCGGAGAUUUGCUAGCGGCUAAAGAUCUUGACUCUAGGGUUUCUGUUUUGGUAGUUCAACAACAACAACAACAACAAAUGUGA